AUGGGUCUAGGCUAUGGGGUUUUGUAGUCCCCAAGGGUCUCUCGGCUUCCUGAAACACUAUUUUCCUGAACAUUUCGGAUUAAAUAUCAGAUAUCAUUCUCCCUGAGAGCUGCACAGGAUUUAUCCUUGGGAUGGAGGAGAGAUUAGGGGAUGAAAAGAACUAAAAGAAUGGGAGUUGUUUAUUAUUGUUAAUGACACAAAGGUGAGCGGGCAGAUCAGCUGAUUGACAGCCUUAUGCCGAGGUAGUGACCAAGGACUAUGGAUGGGCUUUGGAUGACUCGGAUAAAUGACCAAUGAGAAGAGAGCUGGAGCUGGAUGAGGGCUAUAGAACUCCCAGAAGAGGGUAGGACCUUGAAGCACAAGCUCAGGGAAAGGAGGUGGAGGCUGGGAGAUUCCAGUAACUAUGUAAAUAAGCAUGCAAAAUCAGCACCUGUUUAUUUGGCAUGUGUGGCUGAAGAUUCAUUUGAGUGAGACAGUCCUCUAACUUUGGCUAGGAGAGAGCAAGUAAUGGGCCCUUUAAGAUAUCAGGCUCUGAUUUGUGGUCCUGAAAAUUCUCUAGCUGACACAUCCUUCUGGCUCUCUGUUUGGGAUUAGCUCAUGGGAUGGGGCUGAUGAAAUCCCAGGAAAUUCAGUCUUUAUUGGCUGUAGGCCCAGAGGCUCUUUCCAAACAGCAAGGGUCUACACAAGGCUCUUGUUCCGAGAGGGGAAAAUGCCCCCCUAGAGGGCUCUCACCCAUCCACUUCCGUUGGAGAGCCACAGAAGGGAGUUUGGGCCCUCCCAUCCGGAGCCUGGCUUAGGUAGGAAGGGGAGUCUGCAGUUUGUCUGGGAGGAGCCUGGAGGAGUUUCCUCUUAAAUAGAGGGGCCUGGAAAGCUGAAGUAUCCACAUCCAGGAAGCUCUAGGAGGUGAAGCUGUAGCCAGCUGGAAGGGGACUCAGGUGUCUGGGCAGGCUCUUCCCUGCGGCGGACCUUCAGCUUCCUCUUGAGCAUGACGGGCAAAACCAAGACCCGGGAAAAGGAGAAGAUGAAGGAAGCCAAGGAUGCCCGUUAUACCAACGGGCACCUCUUCACUACCAUCUCAGUUUCGGGCAUGACUAUGUGCUAUGCCUGUAACAAGAGCAUCACAGCCAAGGAAGCCCUCAUCUGCCCAACCUGCAAUGUGACUAUCCACAACCGCUGUAAAGACACCCUGGCCAACUGUACCAAGGUCAAGCAGAAGCAACAGAAAGCUGCUCUGUUGAAGAACAACACUGCCUUGCAGUCUGUCUCUCUUCGAAGUAAGACAACCACCCGGGAGCGGCCUACCUCUGCCAUCUACCCCUCCGACAGCUUCCGACAGUCCCUCCUUGGCUCCCGCCGUGGCCGGUCCUCCUUGUCUUUAGCUAAGAGUGUUUCCACCACCAACAUUGCUGGACAUUUCAAUGAUGAGUCUCCCCUGGGGCUGCGUCGGAUCCUUUCCCAGUCCACAGACUCCCUCAACAUGCGGAAUCGAACCCUAUCGGUGGAAUCCCUUAUUGAUGAAGGUGCAGAAGUGAUCUAUAAUGAGCUGAUGAGUGACUUUGAGAUGGACGAGAAGGACUUUGCAGCGGAUUCGUGGAGCCUUGCCGUGGAUGGCAGCUUCCUGCAGCAGCAUAAAAAGGAGGUGAUGAAGCAACAGGAUGUCAUCUAUGAACUAAUCCAGACAGAACUGCACCAUGUGAAGACACUGAAGAUCAUGACCCGCCUCUUCCGCACUGGGAUGCUGGAAGAACUGCAGCUGGAGCCAGGAGUGGUCCAGGGCCUAUUCCCCUGUGUGGAUGAGCUCAAUGACAUUCAUACCCGCUUCCUUAGCCAGCUGUUAGAACGCCGGCGCCAAGCCCUGUGCCCUGGAAGCACUCGGAAUUUUGUCAUCCAUCGCUUGGGUGACCUGCUUAUCAGCCAGUUCUCAGGUCCCAGUGCAGAGCAGAUGCGGAAGACCUACUCAGAGUUCUGCAGCCGCCACACGAAGGCCUUAAAGCUCUAUAAGGAGUUGUAUGCUCGAGACAAACGCUUCCAGCAGUUCAUUCGGAAAGUGACCCGCUCAGCUGUGCUGAAGCGGCAUGGGGUACAGGAAUGUAUCCUCCUGGUGACUCAGCGCAUCACCAAGUACCCAGUGCUCAUCAACCGGAUCCUUCAGCAUUCCCAUGGAAUUGAGGAGGAGCGCCAGGACCUGACAGCGGCACUGGGCCUGGUCAAAGAGUUGCUGUCCAAUGUGGACCAGGAUGUUCAUGACCUGGAGAAAGGGGCUCGCCUGCAAGAAAUCUAUAACCGCAUGGACCCUCGGGCCCAGGCCCCAGUACCUGGCAAAGGCCCUUUUGGCCGAGAGGAGCUUCUGCGGCGCAAGCUCAUCCACGAUGGCUGCCUGCUCUGGAAGACAGCGACAGGUCGCUUUAAAGAUGUGCUAAUGCUGCUCAUGACAGAUGUGCUCCUAUUCCUCCAAGAGAAGGACCAAAAGUACAUCUUUCCUGCUCUGGACAAGCCUUCAGUGGUAUCACUGCAGAAUCUGAUUGUUCGGGACAUUGCCAACCAAGAAAAGGGGAUGUUUCUGAUUAGCGCGGCCCCCCCUGAGAUGUAUGAGGUGCACACAGCAUCCCGGGAUGACCGGAGCACCUGGAUCCGAGUCAUUCAGCAGAGCGUGCGCGUCUGUCCAUCCAGAGAGGACUUCCCCCUGAUUGAGACAGAAGAUGAGGCUUACCUGCGGCGGAUCAAGAUGGAACUUCAGCAGAAGGACCGGGCACUAGUGGAGCUGCUGCAGGAGAAGGUUGGACUGUUCGCUGAGAUGACCCACUUCCAGGCAGAAGAGGAUGGCAGCAGUGGGAUGUCCCUGCCCACCCUGCCCAGGGGCCUUUUCCGUUCAGAGUCCCUGGAGUCACCUCGUGGCGAGCGACUGCUUCAAGAUGCCAUCCGUGAGGUGGAGGGCCUGAAAGACCUGCUAGUAGGGUCUGGAGUGGAGCUGCUCCUGACGUCCAGAGAACCAGCCCUGCCUUUGGAAACAGACAGCGGUGGUAACACAAGUCCUGGGGUCACUGCCAAUGGAGAGGCCAGGACCUUCAAUGGCUCCAUUGAGCUCUGCAGAGCUGACUCAGACUCCAGCCAGAAGGAUCGAAAUGGGAACCAGCUGAGAUCCCCUCAGGAGGAAGUGUUACAGCGACUGGUCAAUCUCUACGGGCUUCUUCAUGGCUUACAGGCAGCUGUGGCUCAGCAGGACACUUUAAUGGAAGCCCGGUUCCCAGAGGGUCCUGAGCGGCGGGAGAAGCUGACCCGAGCUAACUCCCGCGAUGGUGAAGCUGGCAGGGCCGGGGCUGGGCCCGUGGCUCCUGAAAAGCAGGCCACGGAGCUGGCACUGCUGCAGCGACAGCAUGCACUGCUGCAAGAGGAGUUGCGGCGCUGUCGGCGGCUGGGUGAAGAGCGGGCAACUGAGGCCGGCAGCCUGGAAGCCCGGCUCCGGGAAAGUGAGCAGGCCCGGGCUCUGCUGGAACGGGAGGCUGAAGAGGCCCGGAGGCAGUUGGCCGCCUUGGGCCAGAAUGAGCCACUCCCAGCAGAAGCCCCCUGGGCCCGAAGGCCUCUGGAUCCUAGGAGGCGAAGCCUCCCAGCAGGCGAUGCCCUGUACUUGAGCUUCAACCCCCCACAGCCCAGCCGUGGCCAUGACCGCCUGGAUCUGCCUGUGACUAUUCGCUCCCUCCAUCGACCCUUUGAGGACCGUGAGAGGCAGGAGCUGGGUAGCCCUGAGGAGCGACUGCAAGACAGCAGUGACCCUGACACUGGCAGCGAGGAAGAAGGGAACAGCCGUCUGUCUCCGCCCCACAGUCCACGAGACUUCACUCGAAUGCAAGACAUCCCAGAGGAGACAGAGAGCCGAGAUGGGGAGCUUGUGGCUUCAGAGAGCUAAGGGGGGCCCCCUCCCUCUGCCCAGUGCCCCACUGAAGAACAUUAUAUUGAAAGGGGCAAAUCUCGAGAACUCCAAUCUGCCAAUGAUGAGGAAACAUUUGAAAGAACUGCUUAUUGUCCUUGCCAGCUCUGGGAUCGUUGGAUACCUGGGGCCAUUUAGGAAGCUUGGGGGAUUUAGGCCACAAUAUCCCCCAGGUGGCAUCCAAAAGCUACACCACAGAUGCCAAUUUUUCAUGCCUUCUUCCCUCUACUUUAGAAAAAUUUAUUUAUUUAUUGUUUAUUAGUUAUAGGGGGAAAGAGGAGGUUUAAAGGACCAGAGACAUGGGAACCAAGCCAUAGGGAUCAGGGGGCCUUCUCCUUUAACACUAUUGGGGUGUGGGUGUUCAGGCUUAGCCAUGCGGCUGCAGGGUUCAAGUCUGAUGAUACUCUUCCCCAGCAAACAUGAAA